GUUAAAAAUAAUUGGAAUUGGACCGAACCAAGAUCCUUUUGUUGGGGGGAAUUUCUAGUACUAGCAGAUGCAAAAACUAAUGACAAUACCAGUGAUAUUCUUUUAACAAUUAAAUAUCGAAGUUUUUAAGUGCCUGGCUAGCUAGUUAGUGGCCUGUCAAUUCAAUGUUGACCUUUUUUCUUUUUAAAAUUCCAAGACAUGCAUCUUUCAACAUAGUUGUGGCAUGACCAAAUGAUUGCACGAAUAAUAUGCCUAUAAAUAGAGGAGGCAUUUUGCACAAAGAAGAACCAAGAAGUGGGAGCUCAACCUAGUCAAUAGACUGACUACUCAAUACUGAGCUUACACUUAUUGUUAUUUGAUCAAGAGCAUGGCUAAUUUUAGUAGUUCUUUGUGUGUGGCUCUUCUUGUACUAAGCAUUGUUAUGGAAUGCAUGGAGGAGGGACGUGGGGAGGAUGGAGAUGAUUAUUGCAACUAUGGUGGUUGGCGUGGCUGCAAAAGCUUUUAUAAUCGUGUAGGAGGAGGAGGCGGUGGUGGUGGCAGUGGUGGUGGAGGAGGAGGAAGUGGUAAUGGAGGUUCGGGACACGGAGAAGGUCAUGGUGCAGGGGCAGGUGUUGGUGUGGGAGGUGGUGGAGGUGGAGGAGGCCAUGGUGGUGGUGGUGGGAAUGGAGCUGUUGGUUCUGGUCAUGGUGAAGGAUUUGGAGCUGGAGCUGGAGUUGGUACAGAAGGUGGUGGUGGAGGGUCUGGAGGUGGAGGUGUUAGUGGUGUAGAUGGAGGGUAUGGUCAUGGUAGUGGUUUUGGAGCAGGUGCAGGUUUUGGAACUUUUGGUGGACGUAAAGGUGGUGGCGGUUUUGCAGGGGGAGGUGGAGGAGGUGGUGGUGGUGGAGGUGGUGAGGGUGGUUCUGCAGGAGGAUCAGGUCAUGGUAGUGGCUUUGGUGCUGGAGUUGGUGGGGGAGUCAGUGGGGCAGGUGGAGGUGGUGGUGGUGGUGGUGGCGGAGGCGGUGGCACCAACGGUGGGUAUGGCCAUGGAAGUGGUUUCGGAAUGGGUGUAGGUUUUGGUGGAAAUGGAGGUGGUGGUGGUGGAGGGGGAGGAGGAGGUGGAGGUGGAGGUGGUGGCAGCAAUGGCGCUGGUGGAGGUUCUGGCCACGGAAGUGGUUUUGGAGCAGGUGGUGGUGCUGGUGGUGGCGGUGGUGGAGGAGGUGGAGAAGGAGGAGGAGGAGGAGGAGGUAGAAACACUAGUGAUGACAAUGGUGUGGGUGAAGGAUAUGGGCAUGGAGAAGGCAGUGGCUAUGGUGGCAAUAGUAAUAAUGGUGGUAUUGGAAUGGGAUUUGGUAUGGGCAUGGGAUUUGGCUUUGGCAUUGGAACAGCUACAAGUGCAAAUUCUAGUCCUGUUGAUGAAGCUAGCAAGAUUGGUGACAAACAACCCUAAAGUCUCAGUACCAACUUUGCUCAAAAGCUAAAUGGUCAACCAAUCAUUUUCCAUGCAAAUUGUACUUGUUUUUUCCUGUGCUAGUAUAAAGAGAAUAAUUCGGAUAAGGUCACUGAAAGAGAGAGAGAGAGAGAGAGAGAGAGAGAGAUUCAUGAGUGACAUUUGUAUUGUACAAUGCCACAGUGAGCAGAAGUGAUAUAUUUGUAUUAGUUGUUUGCCAUU